CACCACCACGUGCCUGGCUGUCUGUCCGUCUGUGAACGCUAAAGAAGAGGAGAAGAUCCAAUAUCUGAAGCUCUCACUUGAAAAGUGGUACCAUGGAUGCUGCAGAGUUUCGGCGCAGAGGGAGGGAGAUGGUGGACUAUGUGGCCAACUACCUGGAGACCGUCGAACAGCGACCAGUCUCCUCAGAUGUGGAGCCGGGGUAUCUUCGUUCCUUGAUCCCCACUGAGGCCCCACUGGAGCCUGAGAGUUAUGAUGAUAUUAUGCAAGAUGUGGAGAGGGUCAUAAUGCCAGGGGUCACCCACUGGCACAGCCCAUACUUUUUUGCCUACUUUCCAGCUGCCAGCUCUUACCCUGCCAUGUUGGCUGACAUGCUUUGUACAGCCAUUGGCUGUAUUGGAUUUUCCUGGGCUGCCAGUCCAGUCUGUACAGAGCUGGAGACAGUGAUGUUAGAUUGGCUGGGGAAGAUGCUGAAACUGCCUGAGCAUUUUAUAGCCGGGACUGAUGGCCACGGAGGUGGUGUCAUCCAGGGCACAGCCAGUGAGGCGACCCUGAUGGCCAUGCUUGCUGCUCGCUGUAAAGCAGUACGACGCAUUCAGUCCUUGAACCCUGAGAAAUCAGAGGCUGAAAUCCUCUCCAAACUGGUGGCAUACACCUCUGAGCAAGCUCAUUGCUCAGUGGAGCGUGCUUCACUGAUUGCAGGAGUGAUGAUAAAGAAGGUUCCCACAGACAACAGCUACGCUGUCAGAGCGCCCAUGUUUAAGGAGAUGCUGGAGGAGGACAAAGCAGCUGGACUCAUCCCCUUCUAUUUAUGUGCGACCCUCGGCACCACCCCAUCAUGUGCUUUCGAUCGCAUCUCAGAGCUGGGGCCCAUAUGUAAUGACGAAAAUAUGUGGAUGCACAUUGACGCAGCAUAUGCAGGGAGUGCAUUCAUCUGCCCUGAAUUCAGACCUCUGUUGAAUGGCAUUGAGUAUGCAGACUCUUUCAACUUCAACCCACACAAAUGGCUUUUAGUCAACUUUGACUGCUCUGCAAUGUGGGUGAAGAAGAGAGAGGACAUUAUUGGGGCCUUCAAGGUGGAACCACUCUACCUGAAACACGAGAACCAGGAGUCAGGGCUGGUCACAGAUUAUAGGCACUGGCAGAUCCCACUGGGAAGAAGAUUUCGCUCACUAAAGAUGUGGUUUGUCUUCCGUUUGUAUGGACUCCAUGGCCUGCAGGCUCAUAUACGCAAGCAAGUGGCCCUGGCUAAAGAGUUUGAGAGUCUGGUAAGAGCAGACAAGAGGUUCGAGAUCUGUGCAGAGGUCAUCAUGGGACUGGUCUGCUUCAGGCUCAAGGGCUCUAAUGAGUUGAACCAGCUGUUGCUGAAAAAGAUCAACAAGAGCAGAGAGAUCCACCUGGUGCCUUGCCAGCUCUCUGGUCGCUUUGUCCUGCGCUUUGCCAUCUGCGCACGCACUACUGAGUCAUGUCACAUCCAACAAGCAUGGCGGCACAUCACGCAGCUGACCUUUGAGCUUUUGCAGGAGCCCAGUCAUUGACCAAAAGGCGGGAUAGGGCUUGUCCACACUGAUGCCGAAAUUAGGACCAAAGUUAAGACAAAGAUACUGGGUUUUAUGUUGCAGAUCUAAAAUAUCAUAAAGGGAAUGAGCAAUGAUUUCACAGCUCACUUAGUAGUAGGGGUGGGCGGAUAAAUGGUAAAAUAUUGAUACUCUUGAUACUAUAGGGAUCAGUUUCUCUCCUCUACGUCAGGGGUAAUACUGUCUGUGCAAUGUUCCAUUGCCGUGAACACAUCUAGUACAUGUACUCUUUAUGUCUCCAUUGCUUUUGUGUUGUCUACAUUCAAACAACUUACUGCAGACCCAGCAGCAUCUUCUUAGUUUCACUUUUACCCAAUGUCAGCAGUAGGAGGGCGGUAAGCUCACUUCCCAGCCGUCCCAUUUACUGCUGGAGUCUAUGAAUACACACGCUUGCGCAUCCACGUUACUAUAGCUGUCCACAGACGUUCAAUGUAGAAAUUAUGUCCAAGGAUGACUUGUUUAAUCAGACACAUAAUAGCAGUGAUGGAUUAAUCAAAGAGGAAAAGGUGAGAAAGAGAACUUGGAGCUGCAACCAAAACAAGGGAGAAGGAGUGAAAUGCAUUAGCAUCAAGACCUCUGACACAGAGACAGUGUUUACAGUCAUUUCACUGAGGCUCAGACAAGGAAUAUCCUGGUAACAGCAGACUUGUGAAAUAAUAUUUUAGUUUAUUUUUCAGUGUUGGUAAAUGUCACAUUUUUAGACUGUAAUUGGUCAUCAUUAGCUCUUAUGUAUAAAUCCUGGCUUGCCUGACAUAAAAAGAAAAAUGCCACUUUUAAUAAUAAAAAGUACCGUAUCAGUAUCAAUAUCAUAGAUUCUGGCCCUGUGUUAUUUGGAAUCAGAUUGAAACCAAGUUUUGUGGUAUUGCCCACCCCUACUUAGCAGUCAGGUGUCUUCUUGUCUGCAGCCUGGUUAUUAAGUAUGUAAGCAGUGGUCAUUAUAUUGCUAAGUUCACAAUUUAAUGUAUGGGAAGAAAAAAAACGUAUACACAACUACAAACACUCAAAUGUGUAUAAAAGGAAAGAAUGUGUUCCAAAUAUUACAUUUUCUAUCUGCAACUUCUCCCUCCAUUCACUUUGCUUUUAUCUCUCACUCUUUCAUGAUUAUAUUAUUGUUGUCAUCUCAAUGGAAUCAUUCCACUGCAGACCCUGUUUUUAUUGUCUAUGCUGCUUCUGUGUCUUCUGUGUAAAGAAUUUGAUUGGUUGAGGGUGAUCUUUUUUAGUUUUGCAAUGAAUGUAUUGCACAUUGUGUGUGUGAAUGAAUAUUGGAGUCUAUGUGUUUCUGCAAUUUUCUGUGGGGGUUCAUAGAGAAACAGCUUUUUUUGUUUAGUGAAGAAUUAGAAAUGAAUGGGUUGUAAUAGUUUAAGAAAGAUGACUUUAUCACAUUACCUCUGUAGAUUGGCUAUAUAUUGUAUGAAGGGCUUCAUAGAGCCUGUGAAGUUAAAUAAUUCUAACAUUGCUCCAAGUAAUCGGGUUUAACCCCUUUUUGUAAGUGUAUUAAUUUAUUCAAAUAAUUGCGUUUAAUAUAUAAUUGUAGGCAAGAGCCUACCUUUUCUUUUGCUCUGACAAAAUUCCUAUUAAUUCAUCUAGUGUCUUAUGCGAAGAUGGUCAGCACCUCCCAACAUUGUAGCACAAGACAGUCACUGUUUCACUGUAUGUCACCUGGAUGAGAAGGAAAUGAUGCUACUUUUAGGGGUAUACAGGACCAUUAUUUGUUUGUUUACUGAACUUGAUCCAAAUCAUUACAGUUACACAGGGAAUUUAUUAAUGACACAGAUCUAACAUAGCCACCCUAUACUGUAUAGUAUUAAAUUACUGUAUUCAGACAGAGAUAAAUGAUCAAAUGUGUAGAGUUAUAAGAAAAGGGUUUAAAAUCUAAGUUGUGUAAAUGCUGCAUACAUUAAUUAUUCUUUGACUGCACACUGUCUAACACUGAUUUGCCUAUAAGAUCACUCCUAGUUUAUCAUUCUGUGUACCAGGAAACUAGGGUCUGUAACACUCCUCACAAUAGUCUCUCAUGACAUACACUAUGUUUGACUUUAAGCCUUGGGAUUUAAGAUAGAUUCACAUGACUAACAAAUGUAAUUAAUACAAGGCUAGUCUCCUGCUGGUUGUCCCCAUCCAUAACUUGUCUUGUCACUAUGUAAAUGUAUAGUGUGACAUCACCAAAUGUUGCUGUUAAUUCAUACUUUCAUGUCAAAGGAUGCUGCUGUUGCUGAUCAAGGUGUUUCCGUCUGGCUUGGCUGUGUGGUGCAUGCAAUUGUAUGGGUUUAUUUUAAUAAAGUCUCCUGUAGUCUGAA